ACCGUUUCUGCAAAGAACCAGCCCUCAAAUCCAAAAGCAAACCUUUAAAAUGGCAUUCAAGUUUGUCUUCGCCCUCGCCUUCGUCGCCGUGGCCAGUGCCGGCUACGCCCCCAUCGCCGCUCCCCAAGUGUACCAUGCUGCCCCCGCGGUGGCCACCUACGCCCAUGCCCCCGUUGCCGUGGCCCAGAAGGUCGUGGUCAAGGCCGCCGAGGAGUACGACCCCCACCCCCAGUACCGCUUCUCCUACGGAGUCGACGACAAGCUGACCGGCGACAACAAGGGACAGGUGGAGGAGCGCGACGGCGACGUGGUCCGCGGAGAGUACUCCCUGAUCGACGCCGAUGGCUACAAGAGGACCGUCCAGUACACCGCCGACCCCAUCAACGGAUUCAACGCCGUGGUGAACCGUGAGCCCCUGGUCAAGGCCGUCGCCGUUGCCCCUGUCGUCAAGACCGUUGCCGCCCCCGUCGCCCACUUCGCCGCCCCCGCUGCCUACACCUCCUACGCCGCCCCUGCCGUCGUGAAGACCGUGGCCCCCGUUGCCCACUACGCCGCCCCUGCUGUGGUCAAGACCGUUGCUCCAGUGGCUCACUAUGCUGCUCCUGCCGUGGUCAAGACCGUGGCUCCAGUGGCCCACUACGCCGCCCCCGCUGCCUACACCUCGUACGCCGCUCCUGCUGUUGCCUACCACCACUAAGAACUGCCAUUCCACAACCUUUUAUUGUUAUAGUUUUACGAACGACCUCUAAAAAUAAACCAAUAUUUGUCAUUUAAAAAGUUCAUUUCACUCUAUAAAUGUAUCCGGCUUUAAGGAUACGUUUUGCCUGGGGCUGAAUUCAUUCAAGAUCCAAAUACAAUUUAAUUAUUUUUGCUUCAUUAGGGCUCAAUUCGAAUGGCUGUGUGGUCAAUUAAGUGAACUGGGCUGCGACAUUGAAAUUCCAAAGUUUGGAUUUUAAAGUCAAAUUGGAUUUUUUCUUUCAAUCGUUCCAUUCCAUUCAGAGACCAAUUUGCUACACCCGCUACGAUUCGAUUCAGCUCUGGAAAUUGACCAAACCUAUCAGCGAAUAAUAAAUCAUAAUCGGAUAAGUGUAAAUUAUUUAUGCUUAUAUAAGUAUGUCACGGAUAUAACUAUGGCAAUACGGAAUUCUGCGUUUCAGCACGUGGUCAGUCGGCUUCCGGUUGGAAAU